AUGAAAACCUCUCCUCUCCCUUCUUCUCUCUCUUCUUCUCUCUCUUCUUCCGGUUCUUCCUCCUCCUCUGGGUCUUCUUGUCCUUUGAGACCAUGCGGCGCUGGCUGCGCCUCCUGCGUCCUGUCUCGCGCGCAGCCUGCUUCGCGAGGCUCUGAACAUGCGCGCGCAUUUGCGGCGGGGGCGGGUCCGGUCUUUGAGUACAAGAAAGUUUUGAACUGCGAGAGGCCAGUCGACCAGCAAUUCAAGCGCCUCGACGACCUGAGCGAAAUGGUCAAGACCGUUCAAGUUCCGGGUCUCGAGGAGCCGCUCCUGCGCGUUUCGCCUGAGUUGCUGACAGCGUUGACGAAAUAUGCCUUCGAGGAAAUAUCCUUCUUUCUGCGAAGGUCGCAUUUACAGUCGCUUCGAAGGAUUUUCGACGACCCUGACGCAUCGGACAACGAUCGGUUCGUUGCUCUGACGCUCCUGAAAAAUGCAAACAUCGCUGCAGCCAGAGUUUUCCCGGGAUGCCAAGACACCGGGACGGCUAUCGUCAUGGGGAAGAAGGGCGCUUCAGUGCUGACCGACGGCACCGACGAGAAGGCGAUUUUCAAAGGAGUCUUCGAGGCAUACACGCAAAACAAUCUAAGAUACAGCCAGGUCGCACCCAAGGACAUGUUCACCGAGUACAACACGCGCUCGAACUUGCCUGCAGAUGUCACUCUUCUCUCCACUCCAGGGAAGGUGUACGAACUUCUCUUCAUUGCAAAGGGCGGCGGAAGUGCAAACAAAACAUUCCUCUAUCAACAGACCAAGGCGCUGUUGAAUCCGACGAGUCUGUACGCCUUUUUGGAGCAAAACAUCAAGACGAUUGGGACGUCUGCCUGUCCGCCGUACCACCUGGCGGUUGUCGUCGGAGGCCUUUCAGCCGAGCACACGCUGAAGACGGUGAAGCUCGCCUCGUGCCGCUAUUUGGACGGUCUCCCGACGAGUGGCGAAGGCAACUCGUACGGGUUUCGCGACCUCGAGUGGGAAGAAAAAAUCCUCAAGAUGACGCGGGAGAUUGGCAUCGGAGCGCAGUUCGGAGGCAAGUACUUUUGCCACGACGUACGCGUCAUCCGCCUACCCCGACACGGCGCCUCGUGCCCCGUGGGGAUCGGUGUCUCCUGCUCCGCCGACCGUCAGUUGGUUGCCAGGAUUCAAGCAGAUGGAGUGUUUGUCGAAGCGUUGGAAGAGAAUCCCGCGCAGUUUCUGCCCGACGUGGAGGAUGAGCAUCUGAAGAGCGAAGGCGCGAGCGGCGAAGCCGUGAAAGUCGAUUUGAACAAGCCCAUGAAGGACAUCUUGGCGCAGCUGUCUCAGUACGGAACGGCGACGCGCCUCUCGCUGUCGGGUACGAUGAUUGUGGCCCGCGACAUCGCGCAUGCAAAGCUCCUCGAGCGGCUCGAGAAGGACGGCGACGUUCCUGAGUACCUCAAAAACCACCCUAUCUACUACGCAGGCCCAGCCAAGACGCCGAAAGGCGAAGUUUCGGGAUCUUUCGGACCGACGACUGCGGGCCGCAUGGACGUCUACGUCGACAAGUUCAUGCAGAAGGGCGGAUCGAUGAUCACGCUCGCAAAGGGAAACCGCUCCAAGGCAGUGGCGCAUGCAUGCAAGAAAUACGGAGGCUUCUAUCUGGGCUCCAUCGGCGGGCCGGCCGCAGUGCUCGGCAGAGACUGCAUCAAGAAGGUAGACAUUCUCGAGUACCCCGAACUGGGAAUGGAGGCCGUUUGGAAGAUUGAGGUGGAGGAUUUCCCAGCGUUCAUCGUGAUUGACGAUAAAGGCCACGACUUUUACAGCAAGUGGCUCGGCUGA